CCUAGCUGCCCUCCUGACCUCGUUGCAGCGCUCGCCAUCCACCACUCCUCUGUGUCCGACCCAGUACAUUCCUCUUCGCCUGCUCCAGUGAUAUUUGGACAUCAUCCUAUUGUGGUGAUAGAGGGCAGUCAAGCCAUAACUCGACACCAUAUUGUUUGAAACCCAUAGAAACAUUGUCGUACUACCGACAAGAUGACAGGCGAGAGAUAGAUAUUCGAAAGACGCUCUUGCCAGACGUGGGUUGCUAGAAAAUCGUGGCCGCACAGGGUGCUUGUCACCUCGUGCGGAGAAUUGAGUGCGUGGCAAUGUCUGCAAGCAAUAUGUGAGAUCCGGAGCAGCGGAUGAAGUGGUAAUACUGUGGUUCGAUGUCAGUUUAGACAGAUAAAGUACCCUGUUGGCACAAGAUGCAAACUUGUCUGUGCAUUUUAUGGUCCAAUUGCUCGCCGGGCAUCAUGCCCACAAUUAUACUGCUUGCCAUGAGGGCGCCCUUCGAAAGCGUUCUUGCAUCCACCAAAGAAUACGGGAGAGCCGCCAUUGUCACCGUUCAAAAGACCCCGAGACGGGUUGAGCCAGUCAGAUUAAUUGCGAGUGAUGCUAAGCAACUCCUGCGCCUGCUGUUUAGUACGAGCGCAUGCAUUUGAUCUGGGCUAACAGAAGGGGAAAAUCAUGCUAGAAUGAUGUGAAAAUACGUGAGGUAUCCUGUGUGGCAUCUACACCUACCCCAGGGCUCUGUAGAACGCGUAACAGCAGCAGUUCUAACCUUCUUUGGGCACACAUGGAGUUCUUUUUUGGAGAAUGAGGAACAGGAGUUUCACCCGUUCUGUUCAUCAAUACCUCCGAUUAUGGUUGCAUUC